AUGUAUUUUCAUUUAAUUGAUUAAUAAUAUAUGUUUCCUUAACUUAUGAGAGAAUCUCUAGAACGUGAUUGUAACUGGAUCGCGCCAAAGUGCCAAAUUAAUGAAAUUGCGUCUCUUCGAUUCUCAGCUCUCUCUCUCUCUCCUUUACAUUUCUACAUGCAUAGAUUUCGACGUUCAAUCGCUGAAGGUGACAAAGCUUCUUUCUCAUUUCUCGUAAGCUCGUUUUGUGCUUCUUAGUAAAGAGCUGCUUUGUUUUUUUACAUUUUGAUUUCUUCGACCUUUGUUUCUUGAACGGUCACAAAAUUCUUUCUUAGGGUUUAAUCUCUCAAGCUUAGUUGUUGACUCUUUCUAAUUCUUAGAAGAAAAUAAAAACACUUAGUGCUUGGUGUGUCAAGAAUUCUUUAAUCUGAUAUUCUAUUUUUAUAAUGUAUACUUCAUUCUUAUUACAUCAACGUAUCAUGAAUGUUAUACAAGUUCUAUCAUAUUUUAAUUCAUAUAUUAUCUUUCAAGUAGUUGACAUGUUCUUGUUCUCUUAUUCAGAGAAAAUGACAAGAAUGUGUCCUGCAUUUACCCUUUCUGAUUUUAUCUCUAAUCACACGCUAAUGUGUUUUAUGUUAUGAUCUAGUCUGCUUUUAAUAGUAAUGUGUCUUUGGCUCUGAAGAUUGAAGAAGCAACAUUUGAAACCUUCACCAUGUCUUUUGCAGGUGGGAAAGAUGGAUCUAAAGGUUUCGUGAAGAGAGUUACAUCAACUUUCUCCAUCAAGAAAAACAAGAAGAACACAACAACUAACGAUCCAAAACAACUUCUUCCACGGUCCAAAUCAACAGGUUCCAACUAUGAACCCAUGCGUCAUCUACCUCAUGGGAAAAAGACUCUUCCAGAUGUCAGAGCAGCAAACAAAAACAGGACCAAAUCCGCAGGUGUUUCUCCUCAGCCACGGCGCGAAAAGAUUGAUGAUUCAUCCGGUAAUAAACAGUUCAUUAAGCUGAGAUGUUUUGACGACAGCGACUCCGUUUGGUUGGCUUCGGACUGCGCUUCUACUUCCUCUCUUCUAGAGGAACGUAGAGUCUCUGUCUCGUUUCAUUUCUCACUCGACGAAAAGGUUGUCUCCUGGUUAUCAAACGCUGCUAACUCUUCAUUGUCUCUCAAAGAGAAUCAUCAUCAUCACCAGACAAAAUGUACUUCAGAGAACAUGCGAAAGGACGGAAAAUUCUGCAACUCAUCUGGUAAAUAUAUUGGAGCAGGUUCGGCAAAUCCGUCGUCUUCACGUUUACUUGAGAGCAACAACAAGACUGAGUCAUCUAGUCAUGAAGAAAAGAAAGUUAGCUUCUCACUAGAGUCAGAUGUGUCUCCUUCACCAGCUAACUCAACUGUUGAGCCAUCUACUCCUGCUAGACCCAUACUUGAAGAUAAGGGAGAUUCAAAAAGAAAGCAUGUUGUGGAGCCUCUUUUUUGGCCAUUGGAGCAGAAGUUUGAUUGGACACCAGAGGAUAUACUAAAGCAUUUCACCAUGUCACCACGGAGAAAGAAAUCAAUAGGAAGCAAAGGUGCAAGUACCUCUCCAAGAUCAAUGAGAGCACAGCUUCAGACAAGAAAGCUAGAUCUCAAAGAAGGGUGCAAGAGAAAGCUCAUGUUCAACGGUCCUGCAGGAUCAAAUUCAAAACCAACAAGGAUUCCUGAACUGAAAAGAACAGUAAGCAGCAGCAAUAAGAAAACCGAGAACAGCAAGAACCAACAACAACCCAUCAGGAACAUUGUGAAGAGGAACAAAAGUUUGCCGUCUAGGUUGAGGAAAUCUAGCAAAAUAUCUUCAAAGGUGGUACCAGUUGAAGAGAGUGGAGAGAUAGGAGGCAGAGAGGCAAAAACACCUAAGAAGCUUAUCAUGACACGCAAGUCCAGGACAUUCUUGGAAGAUGACUUUGCUUUGAUGAAUGAUUUCUCUAUAGAGAAGGCGGUUGGGCUUUGCGAGUUUAGGGGAAGAGAAGGCAUAGAUUCAGACUUCAACACUGAUGGUUUCUUGUUUGAAGACUCUCUAUGAAGAAAGAAAGAUAAAAAGGCGUUACAGGUUUGUUAAAUAGUAUAUACUUGCCAAACUAACAUCUGCAUUGGUGACAAUUUUUGUUUCUUGCUUGUAAAUCUAUUCGAUAGAAAAAAUAUAUACAUGUUGUUGACAUUUAUAUAUACACACAUAUAUGUAUGCAUUUUGGACCAAUCAAAGAGCCGGAACAUGUGUUCUCGUUAAAA